AAAGUGGCCAACAUUGAUGGCUGGUAAAACGACAAAAUAAUAAUGUCUGCGGAGACCAGCAUCCUGCCAAAUGGCGACCACAGUCCCGGGCAAACUGCUUUGAAAUACAGGCAGCGGUUAUUUUCGGGCCUGGAUGAAGACAGCAGCCUGUACUUCACAUACUGCGGGGAGCGCAAUGUGCUGGAGGUCAGGGACCUGCACUACCAGGUGGACACAGCAGCGCAGAUCCCCUGGUACGAGAUGCUGUCUGAGUUUAAAAUGCCGUGGGAGAUGAGCAGAGAGCCCCAACCUCCCACUAUUCAGAACCUGAACCUGAAAGUGAGGAGCGGUCAGAUGCUGGCUGUGAUCGGGAGCUCUGGCUGUGGGAAGACUUCCCUGCUUGACAUCAUCACCUGCAGAGACGAGGGAGGGAAGGUCAAGGCUGGACAGAUCCUGAUCAACGGGAAGCCGAGCACGCCGCAGCUGGUGAAGAAGUGCAUUGCACAUGUGCGACAGGACGAGCGCCUGCUACCCAACCUGACCGUGCGCGAGACCUUAUCCUUCGUGGCCAGACUGCGCCUCCCCACCCACUUCUCAGAUACACAGCGGGAACAGAGGGUGGAGGAUGUGAUUGCGGAGCUCCGGCUGCGACAGUGCGCUAACACUCGAGUUGGGAACGAGUACAUCCGCGGAGUGUCAGGGGGGGAGAGGAGACGGGUCAGCAUCGGGGUGCAGCUGCUCUGGAACCCCGGUAUUUUAAUACUGGACGAGCCGACCUCCGGACUGGACAGCUUCACAGCACACAACCUGGUCAUCACGCUGUCCAGACUGGUGCGAGGAAACCGCCUAGUGCUCCUCUCCAUCCACCAGCCGCGCUCCGACAUCUUCCAGCUCUUCGACCUGGUGGUGCUGCUGUCCUCGGGGACCACUGUGUACUGUGGCUCGGCCAGGCACAUGGUGCCCUACUUCACCGGCCUGGGCCACCCCUGCCCACGCUACUGCAACCCCGCCGACUUCUACGUGGAUCUGAUCAGCAUCGACCGGCACGAUAAAGAGAAGGAGGCGGAAUGCCUGGAGAGAGCCAGGGGUCUGGCUGCCUUGUUCUGGGACAGAGUGAAGGGGACUGAGGACUUCAUCUGGAAGCCUGAUGAAUCCAGCAGCCCUGCACUGCAUAGCACCACAGAGCCCAUCUCCCCCUCAAACUCCCAGGACAAUGUGAUCAACGUCCAGUCGAAGCCCAAAGACCAGCUGCCAGGAGGCUUGAAACAGUUCUCCAUCCUGCUCAGGCGCCACGUCUCCAAUGAUUUCCGGGACCUGGCCACGCUGCUGAUCCACGGCUUCGAGGCGCUGCUCAUGUCCCUGCUCAUUGGCUUCCUGUACUUCGGGGCGGCAGAGACCAAGCUCUCUAUCCAGGACACCGUGGCUCUGCUCUACAUGAUCGUAGCGCUCACCCCCUUCGCUGUGGUGCUGGACGUCAUCGCCAAGUGCCAUUCAGAGCGAGCACUGAUUUAUCAUGAACUGCAAGACGGGAUGUAUUCUGUCACCGCGUAUUUCUUUGCUAAGGUCCUGGGCGAGCUCCCUGAGCACUGUGUCUUCACCCUGGUGUACGCGCUGCCCAUCUACUGGCUGGCAGGGCUGAACCCGGCGCCCGGGCCCUUCUUCAUGAACCUGAUGCUGGUGUGGCUCGUGGUCUACUGCAGCAGAGCCAUGGCGCUGUUCGUGGCAGCGCUCCUGCCCACGCUGCAGACCUCCGCCUUCCUGGGCAACUCACUCUUCACCGUCUUCUACCUGACAGGAGGCUUCAUCAUCAGUAUGGAGAACAUGUGGACAGUGGCGUCCUGGUUCUCCGAGAUCUCCUUCAUGAGGUGGGGCUUGGAGGGGAUGAUGCAGGUCCAGUUCAAAGGGCUCAAGUACACGGUGGCCUUAGGAAACUUCACCAUCCAGAUUGAUGGCACCAGUGUGGUCGAAGCGAUGGAUAUGAACACGGACCCGCUCUACGCCUGCUACCUCAUCCUCGUUGCCAUCUGCGUGGUGUUCAUGAGCUUCUACUACCUGUCACUCAGGUUCAUCAAACAAAAGUCCAGCCAGGACUGGUAAACAAAGGCUGGGCAACUACCUUGGCCCUGGUCUAAACUGCACUACAGCAUCCCAUCACCAGAGGGCAGCAGAACAUUGCAUAUGUACAGGCAGAAACACAACCUUCAAAAGCAAACUGACUUCUAUUGAGGAGUACAGGGGUGGUGGUGAUGAACACGUGCAUUCUGCACUACAGAGAUCGCACACCAAUUUGAAUGUUCCUUCUAAGUCAUGAUUUAGAGCGCCAACAGCACACUAAUCACUCAACGUUCCUGUGUAAGUAGUGCGCCUCACACUGUUCCAUGUACCUGCGAUGUACAGGAAUUCCUUAAGGGGUGUUACAAAGUAACGGAUGAUAUAUUUACACUGUCAAACACAGAGACGAGGGUUUUGCUGUGAAAUGUGAAUACAAAUGGCAAAAUAGAUAGAUACUAAUCAGAUGGACUUCUCUAGGACAGAACACAAAUGAUCUAGUGAUUGUUGAUUGAACUGUGUCCAAGGUAGUGAGAAGUUUCAUUCUUGCUUGGACAGAUACAGAUGCCAACCACUUUCUGAAAUGGUUUUCCAGUAGAUGUAAUUGUUAGAAGUUCUGCCUAUUGUCAUUGUCUAGCAGUCCUGGGUAUGAGACCUCACUGCAUUGUUUUCACUGUAUAAAUAUGUUAAUAAAUACAUGUGACGAAUGA